CCCUUCCUUCUUGCUUUAAACUUCUCUUUCUCCGCUCUGCUCCUUAUCCUCUCCCUGCUCUUCCCUAAAACCCUCUCCUCCUUUCCCCCUCCCUCUCAAAAUGUCUUCUUCUACAGCAACAUCUAUCUUCAAGCCCUUAGCAAUGACAGACUCAUCAUACCUGCUCUCUUUUCCCUCCAUGUUCACCACCACCUCAAAAGCUCCAUAUCUCUCUAUACCUAUCCCAACCAGACAUGUCAAGCUCCACCUCUCUUACUCUCACUCCUCACACUCCUUACGGUCUUCCUAUCUCAAACCCAAGACCCAUUUCCCUUCUAUUCUGACUUUUGUUGCUCAGACCUCAGAUUGGGCCCAACAAGGAGAAGAAGAAAGUAACACCGUCACCACCAUUGACGGACAAGAGGAAGAAGAGUCCACAUGGGAAAACCAAUAUGAUGAUGAGACCAAGGCCAAAGUAUCGGAUUGGGAACCCGAUGGCGAGCAUUCUGUGGUUGAAGCAAGUGGAGGAGGAGAGAGCGGUGAAGUUGGGGUUUUUGAGGAGGGAGAGCCGGAAUCAGGAGCGGAAGAUGAGUUCGUUGAACCACCUGAAGAUGCAAAGUUAUUUGUUGGAAAUUUGCCUUAUGAUGUAGAUAGUCAAAGCUUGGCCAUGCUUUUCGAGCAAGCUGGGACAGUGGAAAUUGCUGAGGUUAUAUACAACAGGGAAACUGAUCAGAGCCGUGGGUUCGGGUUUGUGACCAUGAGUACUGUCGAAGAAGCUGAAACGGCCGUGGAAAAGCUCCACCGUUACGAUUUAAAUGGAAGGCUCUUGACUGUAAAUAAGGCUGCUCCUAGAGGAGCAAAGCCAGAACGGCCACCAAGAGUGUUUGAACCUGUCAGAGUUUAUGUGGGAAAUCUGCCAUGGGAUGUGGAUAAUGCUCGCCUGGAGCAGGUUUUUAGUGAACAUGGGAAGGUUGUUGAAGCUCGAGUAGUUUAUGACCGGGAGACUGGCCGCUCACGUGGGUUCGGCUUUGUGACCAUGUCCAAUGAGACUGAAUUGAAUGAUGCAAUUGCUGCUCUUGAUGGGCAGAGUCUGGAUGGAAGGGCAAUUAGAGUAAACGUAGCAGAGGAAAGGCCAAGGCGCAGCUUUUGAUAUUGAAACCACAUUAAUACGAGGACAUUUGGCAAUGGAGUUUUUUUUUUUAUUUCCUUUUCCAUUUUGGUUCUCUUUUCUUUUCCAAAUCCUCGAUGAGAUAUGUAAUACUGAAUUUUUGUCCGCUAUUUGAAAGGAAGAUUGUUUUAGCUCCUUUAAA